AUGAAAAGACAUUAUGAAACUAAACACAAAUCAUUUAGUGAAAAAUACCAGGUAGGAAGUAAUCUUCGUAAAUCCAAAAUUGAGAGUUUAUAUUUAUCUUAUUCAACAUCAACUCAAAUUAAUAACAAGGCAAUGAGUGAACAAGAAAAAUGUACAGAGGCUUCAAUACAUAUUUCGUGGAUUCUUCCUAAACACAUGAAACUGUUUACCAAUGCUGAUAUAAUCAAAGAAUGUAUAGUUGAAGCUGGAAAUGUGUUAUUUGAUAGUAAAAAUAAUAUUAUGGAGACUACUCGUAAUAUUCCGUUAUCUACGUCUUCAGAUACUCGAAAUACAGAAUUAUUAGCAAAGGAAAAUCAUUCAAAUUAA